CAUAAUACCAGAUUUCAUUGAACCGGUUUCAUUUUCUCUAUUAUAUAUAUCGCUAAUGCCAUCUGUGUGAAUCACCCAAAAACAUAAUCGUCAAUCUCAGCAAAACAAAACAAAAUACAGAGAAAUGGCGACGACAACAACAGAAGCAACGAAGACUUCUCCUACCAACGGAGAAGACAAGCAAUCUCAGAAUCUCCGACACCAAGAAGUCGGUCACAAGAGUCUCUUACAGAGCGACGAUCUCUACCAGUAUAUUCUGGAGACAAGUGUGUAUCCAAGAGAACCAGAAUCAAUGAAAGAACUCAGGGAAGUGACAGCAAAACACCCUUGGAACAUAAUGACAACAUCGGCAGAUGAAGGACAGUUUCUCAACAUGCUCAUCAAGCUCGUUAACGCCAAGAACACGAUGGAGAUUGGUGUUUACACUGGCUACUCUCUCCUCGCCACCGCUCUUGCUCUCCCUGAAGACGGCAAAAUUCUGGCUAUGGACGUUAACAGAGAGAAUUAUGAGUUGGGUUUGCCCAUCAUCGAGAAAGCUGGCGUUGCUCACAAGAUCGACUUCAGGGAAGGCCCUGCUCUUCCUGUUCUUGAUCAACUCGUGGCUGACGAGAAGAACCAUGGAACGUAUGACUUUAUAUUCGUUGAUGCUGACAAAGACAACUAUAUCAACUACCAUAAACGUUUGAUCGAUCUUGUGAAAGUUGGAGGAGUGAUAGGCUACGACAACACUCUGUGGAACGGCUCUGUCGUGGCUCCUCCUGAUGCACCAAUGAGGAAGUACGUUCGUUACUACAGAGACUUUGUUCUUGAGCUUAACAAGGCUCUUGCUGCUGACCCUAGGAUUGAGAUCUGCAUGCUCCCUGUUGGUGAUGGAAUCACUAUCUGCCGUCGGAUCAGUUGAUUGAUACCCACUUUUGAGUUUGGGUUGAUUAUUUUCAUUUCUCGCUGCCUUUCAUUCACCAACCAUCUUUAUGUAUUUUGUUAUGUAAUAUCUCUAUUAUCCUUGUUUUUACUUUAUUUGGUGAACAAAGAAUGUAUCCUACCUUUUGUUUCGUUUGUUUUUCAUUAUAAAUGAUACACCAUCCAAAAGAAGAUAUAGUCUUUUAAGUU